UUUCUUUUCUUUCUUUCUUUCUUUUUUUUUUCUUUUGGUAGUAUCUUGGGAUUGAAUCCAGGGUCUUUGUACUGAGCUACAUCCCCAGGCUGUUUUUUAAUUUUUUUUUUUUUUUUGGACCUUGUGCUUGAGAGGCAGGAGGCGGAACCACUGAGCUAAAUCCUUGGCCCUCUUUUUUAAAAUUUUGAGACAAGGUCUCAUUAAGUUGCCUAGACUGGGCUAAAAUUUGCCAUCCACCUGCUUUUAGCCUUGCGGAGUGCUAGUAUUACAGGCAUGAUCCAUCAUGCUUGGAUAGACUUUCUUGUCCCCAGCCAGAGUGUUCUUGGCCCAUCUAAAUGUUUCCUUAUUUAUAGUCAUCCCACAAGUUCAAGAACAGAGUUGGCCUUGUUUAUUGUUUUGUUUUUUCUUUUUUCCAGUACUGGGGAUUAAACCCAGGGCCUUUGCACUGAGCUAUACCCCCAACCCUUUUUUAAAAUUUUGAGGCAGUUAAGUUGAGUCACUUAAGUUGCUGAGUUGCACAGGUUAGUCUGGAAUACAGGAUCUUCCUGGUGCAGUCUCCCAGAGAACUGGGAUUACUGGCAUAUGCCACCACACCUACACUGUUUUUGUAAUUGAAGAUGUAUAUUGCUUUGCUUGACACAUAAUAGUACUUUUACAAAGACUGAUUGUGAAAACUGCUUUCAGGCUAUAACAGCCUAUCUUUAAGAACAAGAAAUUAGAAGGAAGCUAAUGUUGUAAAAACACCUACAUAAAUCUCCACACCCUUUAUGUGCAGCAUUAUUUGUGAGGACUGUAAAGCAUCACUGAGGUAGGGAGGAUACUCUCCACUUUAUAGAUAGGAAAGCUGGGGCUGAGAAGGUAGAAACUUGCCCAGCAAUAUAAGAUUCAGACACCAACAGGACUCCUUCCAACAUAAUAUCUAUGUUACAGAAAAAUAAAAAUAGGAGGGUUUCAAAAGUCUUAAAAAGUUAGUGUAGCUAGGUGUGCUUGUGCAUGCCUGUAAUCCCAGCUACUUGGGAGGCCAAGGCAGGAGGAUUGCAAAUUUAAGACCAUCCUGGGUAACUUAGACCCUGUCUCAGAAUAAAAAAUUUUAACAGGCCUGGAGAUGUAGCUCAGUGCUUCUUGGGUUCAAGCCCAUCAGUGGUAGAAUCUUAUCUAUGUAACGAGUUUGAUAAUAUAAAUGGCCAGUUGGACCAAAGCCAAACAUCAUAUUGUCUGUCCCACCAGAACUGCACAGUUCAACACCCAUAUAUAUGAAUUACAUUGUUUUACUUCACACUUUAGAUAAUAUAGAUUUCAAAUACUGACAUAAGAUAGAGGAAAUUUACAGAGAAGGUUCUACAGCCUAGUGAUAUUCCAACUGAUUUUCUGGGUUCUAUAUUUUGAGAACAAUUAUUAGUCAUCUCAAAUUCUGGCGUCACUGAGGCUCCCCAAGGGUUGUUGCUGGUUGGCCUCCACGUGUUUUGAGGAGACUGAAGCCAGGAAAGAUGGAGAGAAACUGACUUUUGAUGACUUUGAUCUUGAUUGGAGAAAGGCUUUGAAAACCUUGGCAACUCUGGGAAUUUAUAAGAUACUAGCACAUCCUGCAGAAUCUGAGGCUUUGCAGAAACCUAAUGGCAGAGGGCAGUGUGAUUCUGGAAAGUCUUGACCAGUGAGAGGAACUGAUAUGAAAUGGAUUAUUUUGAGCAUCAUUGAAUUUCUGCCAGCUUCAUAUUUACUUUGCAUUCUUGAUUAUUUGUCCAAGGUGUAUGUACACAAAUGUCUAGUGGGAGCUUAUCUUCUUAGUUUCCAAAAUUUUCUCCAGCCUUUGUCUUAUUUUGGAUCUCCAGGCCCAAGUCAUGGAUGAUUCUCCAGCCCAUCCUGUUGUCAGCUCAAAUCCAUCUGUUUAGACAUGUUGAACUUUAUGAAUAUUACAUAGACCUGUUUUAGCAGCUUGGGUUUUUACUAGGGUUAUGUUGGGUCAAUAGGUAAGGUGAAAGGAGCAGGAAGGAGAGGUUAAUUGUGCAAUGUAGAUAAAGUGUUUUUUAAACUAAGACUGGUCUUUUGUGCUUUUUGUUCAAUAGACAGUUCUUUUCCCCCUGCCGUGUUUGAGGGAAAAGUACCCCAGCAGCCUAAGCCCAUAGGUUGCAGUUACUGGCCUACAGCUCCACUGCUUUGAGGAUCAACUUUGAAAAACCAAAUCUCUUAAACUGUUAGGUUGAGCCAUGUAUAACUGCUGAAUGCUGCUAUUUGACCAAUUUCCACUUUAAAAAAAUGUCUGUUUAUUAAUGUAACCUAAUAUCGGGACAUUCUAUAAUAAUCAAUGGAUGUUUCUGUGCUGGGACGCUCAAGGUAAGACAAAUAUUUCCAGAGUAAGGAGACGAGGGUUGCUCGGAAGAGAGUAUGAUGGGACCCUAAAGGUCGUAGGCUCCUGGAGCUCCGAGAGACCUGGACGCCGGUGCACCUUGAGCAUUAAACCGGGUUUUUCCCGGGCAGCGCCACUUGCCACGCCCCUCUGCGGCCGCCGUAGAACGUAGCUGCGGGCGUGGUUCUGCGCCUUCUGUGACGCAGGCGCCGUGGGCUUUUUGAGCGGGAAAAGAAAGUCAGCUACGCUGGAGCUGGUGCAGCUGUGACCCUCUGUGUUGACGGAGGCUGUCCACCCCCGGCCCAGCAUGGGGCUGCUGGAACUGUGCGAGCAGGAGUUUGGUACCGCCGACCUUUACCGGGUGCUGGGUGUGCGGCGCGAGGCCUCGGACGGCGAGGUCCGACGCGGCUACCACAAGGUGUCCCUGCAGGUGCACCCCGACCGGGUGGAUGAGGGCGACAAGGAAGACGCCACCCGCCGUUUCCAGAUACUGGGGAGAGUCUAUGCCGUUCUAAGUGACAAGGACCAGAGAGCAGUGUACGAUGAGCAGGGAACAGUGGUCGAAGACUGUGCUGUGCUCAACCAAGACCGGGACUGGGAGGCGUACUGGAGGUUACUAUUUAAAAAGAUAUCUCUAGAAGACAUUCAAGCUUUCGAAAAGACAUACAAAGGUUCUGAGGAAGAGCUGGGAGAUAUUAAACAGGCCUAUCUGGAUUUCAAGGGUGACAUGAAUCAGAUCAUGGAGUCUGUGCUGUGUGUGGAGUAUACAGAGGAACCCAGGAUAAGGAAUAUCAUUCAACAAGCUAUUGAUGCCGGAGAGGUCCCAUCCUAUAAUGCUUUUGUUAAAGAAUCAAAACAAAAAAUGAAUGCAAGGAAAAGGAGGGCACAGACAGAGGCUAAAGAAGCAGAAAUGAGCAGGAAGGAGAUGGGCCUUGAUGAAGGAACUGAUAACUUGAAAGCACUCAUUCAGAGCAGACAGAAGGAUCGGCAAAAGGAAAUGGACAGUUUUCUGGCUCAAAUGGAAGCAAAAUACUGCAAACCUUCCAAAGGAGGAGGGAAAAAAGCAGCCCUCAAGAAAGAAAAGAAAUAAUGGAAUUUUUCUCUUCAAAGGUCCUAAGGCAUCAAUUGGUGCUAUUGUAGGCAAGGUACACAGAAGGCAAAGUUAACCUAACCCUUAAGAGAAGUUGUCCUUCCAGCCUAAAUUAUUUAGAUCAACUAAAUCAAGCAGAAUUUCUCAACCUGGUCUUAGAUUUCCUAGAAAUGAUCUGACAUCUUGAGAAGCCCCUACAGGAAGGAAUGUGGCGGUGAUGGUUGGGAUGGCAGUGUAUUUGCCUCCGUGGGUCUUGGGUCUUCUGUCUCAGGAGCUCCCUCUAGAAGGUGGGUCUGUCCAUCCUGCUUUCAGUAAUGUGCACAUCUGAUGCAAAACAUACUACACCUGGCUAGAACAGUCAGAGUACUUGCUGAACAGGUAGCUGUCUUCCAAAUAAUUGCCAGCUUGCUUUUGGUUCUAAUGAUCUUAAAUAGACUCUUUUUUUUUUUCUGUCCUUUUUAUUAGUCAGGUUUUUUACUCUUAUCCUUAAAGUAUAGGAGAAACAGGUAUUUAGAUAAUGUCAAACAUUUUUGUAAAGAUGUGUGUGAUUAAAUAAACAAGUAAAAACAA